AUGGAUUGGGAGAAGCGCUUAGAGUAUAUCUUUGAGUGUUAUGGCUAUGGAGAACACAAGAAGGUUGCCCUAGCCGCUGCUCAACUCACCGAGAAUGCAAUUGCUUGGUGGGACAGGAAUGUAGCUGAGAGGAGAAGAAACCGCUUUGGAGCAGUCACAACUUGGGCUGACAUGAAAUAUCUUCUAAGGUCAGUAGAAGAAUACUUUGAAGAGUUUGAGAAGUUGAUGAACUCACUGGAAUUAGAAGAAUCUGAGGAAGCAUUGAUGGCUCAAUUCAUUGAUGGACUUCAAGAGCGUAUCUCCAGGAAGGUUGAGAAACAAAUCAAGCGUAAGACCACCACUAGUAGGUCUAGAAACCCACAACCUUGGACUUCUAAUGUCAAUAAACCAAGUGACAAAGGUAAAGCUGUAGAGAUUGAUUCUCGGUUCAAGAGUAAGAAUGAUGAUUCAAACAAAGGUCCUAGACAAGAUCAAAACAAAGGUACUAACAAUCAACGAGCUAGAGAUGUUACUUGUUUUAGAUGUCAGGGGCGAGGUCAUAUGGCUAGGGAAUGUCCAAACCAGCGAGUCAUGACUAUCACCACCAAUGGAGACUAUGAGUCUCAAGAUGAAGCCGAGAUGGAAGCAAUGGACUCUGGAGAAGAGGUAGAGUAUCCGGAUACUGGAGAGUUGUUGGUCACUCGGAGAGUCACUGAGCAAGCAAAGAUAUCUUUUAGUAUUGGUAAGUACCAAGAUGAAGUAGUGUGUGAUGUGGUACCAAUGCAAGCCGGACACAUCUUGUUGGGAAGGCCUUGGCAAUUUGAUCGAGCCACAUUCCACAAUGGACGCACCAACUACUAUUCUUUCAAGUUCAAAGACCGCAAGUACAACCUAGCACCACUCAACCCAUCUGAGGUACACGAGCUACAAGCUAAGAUGAACAAGGAAGAUCAGACCUUGAGUGCUCAAGGCACUGUACUACUAAUGGUUUUAAAAGAGUGUUUAAGUAUAGGAAGCUCAAAUACACAACUUCCUAAACAAGCUCACGCCGUGCUAGACAAGUUUCAAGACUUGUUCCCUGAAGAGAUACCAGCUGGACUGCCUCCAAUAAGAGGGAUUGAGCACCAAAUUGAUCUCGUUCCAGGUUCUGCUUUGCCAAACAAACCAGCCUAUAGGAUGAAUCCGGAGGAGACCAAAGAGUUAGAGAAGCAAGUUCAAGACCUGAUGGAUAAAGGAUACAUCCGAGAGAGUCUAAGUCCUUGUGCUGUGCCGGUUCUCUUAGUUCCCAAGAAGGAUGGAUCAUGGAGGAUUAAGAGCUUAGAUGAACAUCUUAAUCAUCUAGAACUUGUUUUGCUUACACUUCGGAAGGAAGGUUUAUAUGCCAACCUAAAGAAGUGCACAUUUUGUACUGACCAGCUUGUUUUCUUAGGCUUUGUAGUGAGUAAACAGGGUCUACAAGUGGAUGAAGAGAAGAUCAAAGCCAUACAAGAGUGGCCUCUUCCAACGUCUAUUGCACAUGUUAGGAGCUUCCAUGGUUUGGCUAGUUUCUACAGGCGCUUUUACAAGAAGGGUAAAGAAAAUGUGGUAGCCGAUGCUUUGUCAAGGAGGCACGCUUUGAUCACUACCAUGGAUGCUAAAGUGCUAGGAUUUGAGCACAUCAAGGAGCUGUAA